CUGGAUCCUUUCUGUUUGUGGGCUGUGGAGAACUAGUCUUUUCCUCCCUCUGGGCAUUAUUGAAUCUCUGGAUUUGUGGAGCACGUUUAUUAUUUCAUUUUAUUUUAUUUUUAUUUUUUAAAAAUUUAUUUAUUUAUUUAUUUUUAUUCUGGUCUGCCAUUCACCCCGCCCCCGCUCACCAUUCCAUCCCCGCCCCCAAGAGGAUGUCGCCACCCCCUCCCCUCACUUUACCAGACCUCCCCACUCCCCAGGGCCUCAAGUCUCUCAAGGGUUAGGUGCAUCUUCUCUGAGGCCAGACCCAGCAGUCCUCUGCUGUAUAUGUGUUGGCCGCCUCAUAUCAGCUGGUGUAUGACGCCUGGCUGGUGGCUCAGUUUCUGAGAGAUCUCCGGGUUCCAGGUCAGUUGAGACUGCUGGUCUUCCCAUGGGGCUGCCCUCCUCCUCAGCUUCUUCCAGCUUUUCCCCAAUUCAUCCACAGGGGUCCCCCGCUUCUGUCCAUUGGUUGGGUGCUAGUAUCUGCAUCUGACUCUUUCAGCUGCUUGUUGGGCCUCUCAGAGGGUUCAUUAUAUUUUCAACUGGUCCACAGCAUAUUCAUAUCAACUGCUGUUUUUCAGGUGAAAGCAUUGUUCCUUCUGUUCUAGAUGAAUCACUGGAGAUGUUUACGCAAUCAAAAGGCUGGUCUUUCUUCACACUGAACUACCCAGAAUGGGCACCACAGCCCUCGAGCGCAGGGGCGUUUGGGAAAGUGACAGUCUUUGGAUCUGAGGACAGGAAGAUAUCCUGUGAUUAGACUUCACGUUGCCAUCUAGAACCUAGUUCCAUGGGACAGUAGGAUUAAGAACACAUGCAUAGUAUAGUUCAACACGUAAGUCUGUGAUCGUAUUUCAAAAUUCAGAGGCAGGUCUUUCCAAGUCAAGGUCAACAUGUCAGGAAACAUGGACAAUGGGAACGGGGCAGGGUAAACAUCUCCAAGCAAGAAUAAAGCGGGGUGGGGGUGGGGCUGACCGGCCCUCCCUUCCCCCAACAAAGUAGACUCCAUCAAAGGGAACAACGUUUGUGAGUUGUCAUUCCAUCCUUUGUGAAGGUGCGGGGCUGCUGUGGGGGUAGGAGUCCAUCUCCCCGCCUGGCACGGUGUCCUAGGCAUCAGCGAAGGCCUGGAAAGCAUUCUACAUUCGCCUGCAUAGGUUCAUUCACAUCUCUGUGGUCCUGCGCUGGGCGCUUCCUCUAGCGGAGUAAAAUAACAAGAGCGCAGACGGACCUGUCGGGAUGCAGCCCGCCCUUGGGAGCCCUUUUGUUCUAGGCAAUAAAAACCAACACACAGUGAAAAUAAAUCAAAACUCAGCAUCCAUAUCCCUCUCCUCCUUCUCGAUCUCUCCAUGCUUUCAGGAAAAGCGACAGAAGCAUCUUUGCUCGUUUGCAUCCCUAGGGUGGGGUGGGGGCUGGGGAGGUAACAAGCCAUGGGAGGCGGGCAUUGUAUCCACUGGGGGGUGGGGGGGACGACGCAAUCUGUAUUGCCAGCUGAGGCUGAGGUGGCAGGCUCAAGCAGCUUGGACUCUCUGUAGCUCCUAGCUGCCUACCAGGGUUGCGCGGAGCAGCUCCAGGUUCCUGAGGCUGAAGCCCCCGGUCGCGCGCCGCCGCGCCCCGCCCCAUCGUCCCCGCAGCCUCGCGGGCUGCUGGGCUUUGUGGUUCGCCGGUGCCGCUGGGCCCCUGCUGGGGGUGUCGUCAGGAGCAUGUGCAGACAGCAGCCCAAGCCUUCAGGAUAAUUCCUUCGGCAGCGCCGCUGUAACUGAGUAAGUGCUUCUUGCCCUUACAAUCGACUUGCAUUCCUGUCUCCGAAGCAACUAUGGUGAAGGUGUGACGAAGAUACAGUCUCUGUACAUGAAGACGAAGACGACUGCUCUGGGCUCAGAGAUGAAGACAAUAAAGAGAAUUACCCCCAGGUGGCAGCUCGCUUAGAUGAGCUCGCCCUGCCCUCCCACGAGGCUCAGCAGCAUGUAGAACAGACCCUGCCUGUGGAUGGAGUGCUGAGAACCAGUAUGGGCAACUUCAAGUCCCGAAAGCCCAAAUCCAUCCUCAGAGCCGAGAGUGGUCGGAACCACGGAGAAAGCCAGGAGACAGAGCAUGUGGUACCCAGCCAGUCAGAGUGCCAGGGCAGAGCAGGAACACCGGCUCAUGAGAGUCCACAAAGCAGCAUCUUCAGGUGCCAGGAAACGGUGCGACUUCAACCAAGAAUAGACCAGAGGGCUACCAUUUGGCCAAAGGAUGCUUUUGGAACUCAGCAGGACUUACAUGAGAAUUCCUUGCUGAAGCUCCAAGCCCUCGAGUCUGGUCUGUGCUCCGCGUUUCUGACGACCCAGGAAGAAGAUGGCCAGGUGCACGGAGUUAAGGACCCGGCCCCAGCUUCCACGCAGAGUGCGCCUGCCGACAGCGCAGAUCCUGCAGAUCCCAUGCCAGCUCAUAAGGAUGCACCGGGUGACGCCGACGGUACCUCAGAAGACCUCCAGUCUGCAGGGACCAGCAGGCUACUCUAUCACAUCACCGAUGGUGACAAUCCGUUGCUGUCACCACGGUGCUCCAUCUUUAGCCAAAGUCAGAGGUUCAACUUGGACCCUGAGUCCGCUCCAUCUCCACCCAGCAGCCAGCAGUUCAUGAUGCCACGAAGCUCUUCCCGAUGUGGCAGUGGGGACGGCAAGGAGCCGCAGACCAUUACACAGCUCACCAAGCACAUCCAAAGCCUCAAGAGGAAGAUUCGCAAGUUUGAAGAAAAAUUUGAACAAGAAAAGAAAUACCGCCCGUCGCAUGGGGACAAGACUUCAAAUCCCGAAGUUCUGAAAUGGAUGAACGAUUUGGCCAAGGGGCGCAAACAGCUCAAAGAACUAAAGCUGAAGCUGUCGGAAGAGCAAGGGAGUACGCCCAAGGGCCCUCGGAGAAACCUGUCCUGUGAACAGCCUCCAGUCCCCAGAGAAAAUGGCAAGUCGGAAGCCGUGGGCCCCGAACCAGGCUCCUCUGGCGAGGAGACUUCAGAUGCUGUGGUGCCGGAGAAGAGAGAACAGACCCCUCCCCAGGACGAUGGGAAGGGAACUAAGCAAGACAAGAACCUCAUAAAGCCUCUUUAUGACCGAUGCAGAGGUAUCAAGCAAAUCUUGCCGACACCAUCCCUUAUCCCAACAAUUCAGGAGGAAGAGGACUCUGAUGAAGACUGUCCACAGGGAAGUCAGCAACCCUCUUUACCAGAUCCAGUGUCCCGCCUACCUGUCGGUGAUCACCUCAUCUACUCGGAGACAGAGCCUGUGAGGACCCUGCUACCAGAUGAAAAGAAAGAAGGGAAGCAGCCAGCUCUCUCCAUGUCCAACUUACACGAGGCCACCAUGCCCGUCCUCCUCGACCAUCUCCGAGAAACUAGGGCUGACAAGAAGAGGCUACGGAAAGCCCUGCGAGAAUUUGAAGAACAAUUUUUUAAACAGACGGGAAGAAGCCCCCAGAAGGAAGACAGGAUGCCGAUGGCAGAUGAGUACUGUGAAUACAAGCACAUAAAAGCCAAGCUGAGACUACUGGAGGUCCUCAUCAGCAAGCAGGAUGUGGCCAAAACUAUUUGAGGUUCAGCUCUGCUCACUUCCCUCUCAAGAUGAAGUCAAGUUCAUUUUGCUCUACUGUUCUUGCUACGUAGUUUUGAUGUACUGAAAACGGAAGCACUUUAGAGAUAGUAUUAGCUGUUUUGACAAAGGAAAAGCUAGUAUAAUUAUACCCAACCAAGGCAUUUAAAUAGGGAAAUAACAGGUAAUGUUGGGAUUGGCAAAAAGCAUUUAGCCUCCAUGCCAAACUGAAAUCCAGAGUCAAAUGUAAGUGUCUCAAAAACUGUCUAAUAUCUUGUCAAACCUAAAAUCACACGUAGGCAGGCUACCUGCUAGCGAAGAUUUAGUAGUGGCCCCAAAUUGAUUUUAUUGAUGUAUGGAAAGAGCAUGGUUUAAAUACAUUGGUGAGACAAAGAAAAUUUCUGCUCUUCACCCAGGGAGGAAAACAGCUAGAAGGAAGGUAAUUUAAGCGAGACAACAUCCACUACCUUGUCCUGUAAGCCUGUAGGCGUUCAGCACUCUAAAAUAACUCGACUGUGUCACUGCUAAUCUCUUAUUUCUAUAUGAAAGUAGUGCAUUAUUUUAUCUGUUAUUUGAAAAUUUACAUUUCCAGUUACCAAAGUUCACUUGGAUGGCAUGUACUUUGUGAAUUAUCUUUGUCUAUGACUGACAAAUGUUUAUAUUAAAGUAAAAUAUUAAAAUAGGUAUUUUGGAUAGAUGUGUCUGCAGUAAUAACCUAAUGUGACCAUAGUACUAUUGCUGAUUUUCUUGUUUCCUAUACUAAGAUUAUAUAACUAUUUUUCCAUUGGGAAUAUGCAUCUUUCUUAAUGUUCCAAGGUCUGUACUUUAUAAAGUGAAAUAACUUUCUUGUGAGCUGCAUUCAUUCUGCACAGGGUGAAAAGCUUGGAAAUCACCAAGAGACCUUUUAUUUGCUUUAUUUAGUGUAUCUUGCUUUUUCUCCACUCACACACUUACUGGUUUGGUUUUUGUAAAAUCAAGUAACAGGUAGACAUUUUCUCAUUAUCAACAUUGUUCCUAUUUCUGUUUUCUGUCAUGUUUAAGCAUGGUGUUGAAGAAACUCAGAUUUUCCUAUUGCUUGGGCGGAAAAAAAAACCCAACCCAGAUUCUAGACACAGACUAUGUCAGAGGCGUGUUGUUCUCUCUGUAUUCACCUGCUGUUUAUGAAUCAGAGUAAUGGCCUUCAUAAAUUUGUUUAAUCGAAGUCAUCUACUUGUAACAGGACAGAUACACAACUAUUUGAGGUUUACAAAUUACAUCUUUGAUAAGGGAAAUGGUUUCGUGAGAUGUAUACAAUUGCUAUUAAAAUGUAACUAUAUUCUAUAUGAUUGUAAAUAUUUUAUACAACGUACAAAUAAAAUAUUUUUCUAUUAUA